AUGGUUCACGUCGACAACGAAGAGGGGAUCCCCCAUUACUGGGGCAAGACCGGCAAGGGUCUCCAGAAACUCAUCACCAUUGUCGCUACCACUGACUUUCUUCUUUUCGGUUAUGAUCAAGGUGUCAUGUCCGGUAUCAUCUCCGCUCCUGCUUUCACAGAAGACUUCCCCCAGGUUCUCGACGAGACAUACGAGGGUUUCGUCGUCUCCAUCUACGCUGUCGGUUGCUUCCUCGGUGCUCUCUUCAUUCUCAACUUUGGUGACCGUCUCGGUCGUCGCAACUCCAUCUUCCUCGGUGCUAUCAUCAUGAUUGUCGGUGUCGUUAUCCAAAUCGCUGCUGUCCCCCCCAGCGGUGGUGCCACAGCCCAAUUCAUCAUCGGCAGAGCAAUCACUGGUAUCGGAAAUGGUAUCAACACCUCCACCAUCCCUACCUACCAGGCCGAGUGCAGUGAGUCUCACAACCGUGGAAAGCUCAUCUGCAUUGAGGGCGGUAACGUCGCCAUCGGAACGUUGAUCGCUUACUGGAUCGACUAUGGCUGUACCUAUGGCCCUCACGCCUUUGUCUGGCGAUUCCCCAUCGCUUUCCAGGUCGUCUUUGCUACCAUCGUUCUUGUUAUGAUGAUGAAGCUUCCCGAGUCUCCUCGUUGGCUCCUCACACACAAUCGUCGCGAAGAGGCUGAGACUAUUCUUGCUGGUCUCAACGGUACUCCCCGCAACUCCCCCGAGGUCAUGGCCCAGAUUGAGACCAUCGAGAAGGCCAUCGCUGCCACUGGUAACAAGGGUGGAAAGACUCCCUUCUCUGCUCUCUUCACUGGUGGAAAGACCCAGCACUUCCGACGUCUCAUUCUCGGUGCCUCUUCUCAGAUGAUGCAGCAGCUCUCCGGUUGCAACGCCGUCAUCUACUACUUCCCCAUUCUCUUCCAGAAGUCCAUCGGUACCGACCACAACAUGGCUCUCCUCCUCGGUGGUGUCAACAUGAUCAUCUACUCCAUCUUUGCCACUACCUCUUGGUUCGCCGUUGAGCGUGUCGGUCGCCGCAAACUCUUCCUCAUUGGAACCGUCGGCCAGUGUGCUUCCAUGAUUCUCACUUUCGGUGCUCUGAUCCCUGGUACCCCCGCUGCCGCCAAGGGAGCUGCUGUCGGUCUCUUCACCUACAUCGCCUUCUUCGGUGCUACCUGGCUGCCUCUCCCCUGGUUGUACCCCGCUGAGAUCAACCCUCUCAAGACCCGCGCAAAGGCUAACGCUACCUCCACCGUCUCCAACUGGCUCUGGAACUUCUUCAUCGUCAUGAUCACUCCCGUCAUGAUUCACGGAACCGGUACCUACGGUUGGGGCACCUACGCCUUCUUCGCUGGCAUGAACGCCAUCUUCUUCCCCAUCAUCUACUUCUUCUACCCCGAGACCUCUGGUCGCUCCCUCGAGGAGAUUGAUCUCAUCUUCGCCAAGGGUUACACUGAGAAGAUCAGCUAUGUCACCGCUGCCAAGCAGCUUCCUCGCAUGGCUGACCACGAGGUUGCCGACAAGGCCCGUGAGUACGGCUUCGGCAGUGACGACGAGAAGGCCGAGGCCUCUGAGCGUGAGAACGGUGUUGUUGUCUAA